AUGGUUGCCCCCAUUGAAAAUGCUGAAGAUUUAGCUAAACAGACAAAAAUCAAAUAUGGUUCCAUUCAAGGUGGUUCAACAACAGCAUUUUUUGAGGAAUCAAAUUUUUCCACUUAUAAACGUAUGUGGCAAUUUAUGAGUUCUCAGAAAGGUUUAUUAAUGAACAACACAGUUGAAGCAAUAAAACGUGUCAAACGAGAAGAAUAUGCUUUCUUACUUGAAUCAACAAUGAAUGAAUAUUAUACUCAACGUGAUUGUGAACUAAUGCAAGUUGGUGGACUUCUAGAUUCCAAAGGUUAUGGUAUUGGAUUACCAGAAGGUAAAAAAAAUUCUAUGAUUCGUAUUGUUUCGUCGAUUAUAAAAUUGAGCAUGCAUGUGCAAGUGUAA